AUGGGAAGAAUACCUUGUUGUGAAAAGAAUGGCCUCAAGAGAGGACCAUGGACACAAGAGGAAGACCAAAAACUCACUGAUUAUAUUCACAAACAUGGCUAUGGAAACUGGAGAUUACUCCCAAAGAAUGCUGGACUGCAAAGAUGUGGAAAGAGUUGUCGUCUUCGUUGGACUAAUUAUCUCCGGCCAGAUAUAAAGCGAGGUCGAUUCUCUUUUGAAGAAGAAGAAACUAUAAUUCAGCUGCAUAGCAUCCUCGGCAACAAAUGGUCUGCAAUUGCUUCAAGGCUACCAGGAAGAACAGACAAUGAAAUCAAGAACUAUUGGAACACUCACAUUAGAAAAAGACUCUUGAGGAUGGGAAUUGAUCCAGUGACACAUAAUCCAAGACUUGAUCUUUUGGAUCUUUCUUCUAUCCUGAAUUCAUCUCUUUAUGCUUCUGCCUCAUUGAUGAACCCCGAGAUUCUAAAGUUGGCUGCAUCACUCUUCUCCUCUCAAAAUGGACAAGAGAAUCAUCACCAAAUUGAUCAGAAUCAGCAAAUUAUCUCACACUUAGUUCAAACUCAAAUUCAGGACUCCAUUCAUCAAGAAACUUACAACAAAUUGUUGAAUCCACUUUGUGAUAAUUCAGUGCCUUUCACUCAAUCACACUUGGUUGAAUCUAAUGAGAAUCUAUAUUCAUCAUCCUUUUUACCUGAAUUUGGCUUCCAACAACAGCAUGAACGUGUUCAUUUAAAUGAUUUGCAUUGUAAUGGAACUGCUUCAAGUACUAUAACAGAUGAUUUUGUUCAUCAAUUACCGAGCUAUGAUUAUCAUGGAAAUGGUUUAAUUAUGGAGCCUCACAUAUCAGAAACCUCAACAUUUCAUUCCAAUAACACCAACCAGAACUUCAAUUUCGCUUCAGUUCUAUCAACGCCUUCGUCAAGUCCCGUACGGUUGAAUUCGAAUUCCACGUACAUCAAUGGGACCAGCAUUGAAGAUGAGACAGAAAGCUAUGUUAGCAACAACAUGUUUGAGUUUCAAAUUUCAGAUAUCUUAGGUGUGAAUGAGUUCAUGUAA